GCUCCAUUCUCUGACUCCAACACUUUCUUUCUUUUCUCUUCUUUUCUUCUUUCUUUUCUUUUCUCUGGAAUUAUCAAGCAAAUUGUUACUAAUAGAGAGGGGAAAAAUAAGAGAAGGAAAUGGCAAUGGAGGUGUCUAAUUCUAAAUGGUUUUGUCUUUGCACGGCAGUUCUUGUUGUUAUGCUCGUCGGAGUUUUCGCUACUGCACGGAACGACGGCUUCUCUGGUUUCUUAAGGAAUAUUGUAGAAACAGAGCAUUUGGAGAGCUCAAACAACUCAUCAAUGGCAGCCAGUGGAGAAGAAAUUGAGGAAUGGAAAAAUGAGCAUGCAGUUGAUGACCCAGAAGAAGUUGUUGCCAUGGUUGAGAUGAGCAUCCGCAACAGCACCGAAAGGAGAAAGUUAGGAUAUUUCUCGUGCGGAACCGGCAAUCCAAUUGAUGACUGCUGGCGCUGUGAUCCCAACUGGCAGAAAAACCGCAAGAGACUUGCUGAUUGUGGUAUCGGUUUUGGCAGAAAUGCCAUUGGAGGUCGUGAUGGUCGUUUCUAUGUUGUUACUGAUGCUGGCGAUGAUGAUCCUGUUAACCCAAAGCCUGGAACUUUGCGUCAUGCUGUUAUCCAAGAUGAGCCCUUGUGGAUUGUGUUCAAAAGGGAUAUGGUUAUUCAACUGAAACAGGAACUUAUUAUGAACAGCUUCAAGACCAUUGAUGGACGUGGGGCCAACGUUCAUAUUGCUAAUGGAGCAUGCAUCACUAUCCAAUUUGUUACUAAUGUCAUUAUUCAUGGUCUUCACAUUCAUGACUGUAAACCCACUGGUAAUGCUAUGGUUAGAAGCUCACCGAGUCAUUAUGGAUGGAGGACCAUGGCUGAUGGUGAUGCUAUCUCUAUUUUUGGAUCAAGCCAUAUCUGGGUCGACCAUAAUUCACUCUCUCAUUGUGCUGACGGCCUUGUUGAUGCUGUUAUGGGUUCUACUGCCAUUACCAUCUCCAACAACCAUCUUACCCAUCAUAAUGAGGUGAUGCUGUUGGGCCACAGUGAUUCCUACACCAGAGACAAGCAAAUGCAAGUGACCAUUGCUUACAACCAUUUCGGAGAGGGACUUAUCCAGAGAAUGCCAAGAUGUAGGCAUGGGUACUUCCAUGUGGUGAACAAUGACUAUACUCACUGGGAAAUGUAUGCCAUUGGUGGAAGUGCUAACCCCACCAUCAAUAGUCAGGGCAAUAGAUAUAAUGCACCAGUUAACCCUUUUGCUAAGGAGGUGACAAAGAGAGUGGAAACACCUGCAGGCCAAUGGAAGAACUGGAAUUGGAGAUCAGAAGGUGAUCUUCUGCUAAAUGGCGCUUAUUUCACUCCAUCGGGAGCUGGAGCUUCAGCUAGUUAUGCUCGUGCCUCAAGCUUAGGUGCCAAGUCGUCUUCAAUGGUUGGAUCAAUAACUGCUAAUGCUGGUGCUCUUGGGUGCCGCAGGGGCCGUCAAUGCUAAUAUUUUUUAGUGCAUUAAAAUUGGUCAAAAUAGGCCAGUUCAAUCCUGCCUCAAUAGUUUCAGCCAUUGUUUUCGUUUUUACUUUUUUUUUUUUCCUUCAAAUCUAUAUGCAUUACCAAAAGUAUAUUGGCAAGUGUACAUUUUUUGCACAUGUCAUUAUAUUGUCAUACCCAUAUUUUCACCCCCAAGCCAGUUUGUCUAUCUGUUAUUUUUCAACCUCGGCCUGCUUCAAUCGAAAAACACCCCAAAACCAUUCUUCCAGGAGCAGGUGCAGAAGCGUUGUCCAUUUUUAUUUUUAUUUUUCUUUUCAGUUUCAUAUGCCAUUUUCCUUCUAACUACCAUUCAUGUGUCUUUUUGGGUCUAAAGUGUCAGUUUGUCUAGUCUUUUGAGUCUAUAGGAUUUGAUUGAAUUUGUGUUCUUUUUUCUAGCGAUACAAGCAAUAGCAUGGAUUUCAAUUUCAAUUUCAAUUUAUGGGAAGAAAAACUUUGUUACAGACGAUGCAUAGAUAUAGCAGUAGUGGUGCUCUUUAUUAUUA